CUGGAGACUUUUACGGGCGACGAGCUGCACUAUGUGGAGACGUCCGACGGAUGGCGACUCGCGCUCUGGCGUUAUCUCCCUUCUGAAUCCGUUCCUCGGAAAGCUCAUCCAGUCCUUCUCCUUUCCGGAAUUGCCACCAAUGCUCUUGGAUACGAUUUAUCACAAGAGGCCCAAGCGGACCAAGCGGAGCUGCAGCAGCCAGUGGCGCUGCUUGACUUGCAGCACAUGCUCGUGCAGCUGCAGACCUGCAGUGACGUGGAGCUGACGUCAUCUGGCGUGACACAGCUGAGGCAAACCCUGGAUUCGUUCUUCCGCGAUGCUGAACAAUCACCUGAUGUUUCACCUGAGGCUUUUGCAGCGAUGAAAGAUCUGGCUGGUCUGGUAGGCCCACUGAAAUCCGACGCCGCUCUCCCCACUGCCGCUUCUUCCUUCCUACAACAGACCACCCGCCUGCUCAGCAGCAGCAUCGCCUCUUCCAACAUUGAGAAACGGCUAGCUGAGCUUCAGAAACGGCUGGGGGAGAUUGUGGAGUCUAGACAGGGCGUGGCGACGCCGGGAGUGGCUGAGCUUUAUGAGCAGCUGAUUGGCGUGAUUCUGCAGAUGCAGGACGUGACGAGCCUUGCCAAGGAGUAUAACUGGGAUUUUGACACGUAUUUGUAUGAUGACCUGCCGGCUGCCAUGCAGUAUGUGCGGAAAUGGUCCCGGCCGCACGAUGGGAAGAUCCUGGCCGUCGGUCACUCCAUGGGGGGGAUUUUGCUGUACUCCCGAAUGGCUGCUCUCGGUCCGGAUGCGGGUCUGCUGGGGGUGGUGACGGUGGCAUCGUCACUCGAAUAUUGGAUGGCCAACUCCAGCCUGAAGCUGCUACGCCCACUCUCCGGUCCUGCGCGGGCCCUCAACUUCCCAGUUAUCUCGGUGGCAGUGCUGGCGCGAGCAGCGCUGCCUCUCAUGACCCAGCCGCCCUUCACGCUGGCCUGGGUGGCACAGCAGCUGUCAGCCCGUGAUGCCAUGGACCCUCAGCUCUUUCAAAAGCUCAUGCAACACAACUUCUGCACCAUCCCGGUGAAGCUCCUGCUGCAAAUGGAGUCCAUCUUCACGUCAGGUGGGCUGCGCAGUCGCAGCGGGUCCAUCUCGUACCUCAAGGGGCUCAGGGACUGCCACACACCCGUGCUCGCCCUUGCUGGCGACUCCGACGGUGUCUGCCCGCCUCUCCUUGUUACAGAAACCCUCAAGGCCAUCCCAUCUUCUAGCGUUGAAUACCGGCUGUUUGGAGGGUCGGACAACCGCCGUUACGGACACUACGACAUGCUCGUGGGCAAACAUGCACCCGAGGAAGUGUACCCUGUCAUUACAGAUUUUCUGUCGAAGACCGAUGGUGCUAAUGCGGAGCCGAUCAGGGCUGCAGACGAGUUUCCUUCCACCAUGUCUCCCUUGACAGUCCAACAAGAUGCUGGCAUGCAUGCAAUCUAA